UUCGUGGGCUUGGGGUUAAAAUUUAAUUUGUUAUUUUCGAUAAGAAUUCAACCAAACGAUGUACAUGGAGCAAUCUCGCGGUUUAACUCAGAUCAAGCGAUUCCAAACUGAUGAUGAAGGGCGAAAAACGGCCACGACUAUUGAACAGAUAAAAACCGAAGUAUCAGUCGAACGGUUCUAUAGAAAAUAUGAACAGCUGGCUGCAAUGGAUCCAACGUUGCCCAGGUUGCUACGAACAGAACAUGCUCGUUAUCUGGAAAUAUCAUUAGAACGCUUAUCCACCGGAUACGAAUGUUUGGAUAGUAGCCGUCCAUGGUUAGUCUAUUGGAUACUAAAUGCAGCCAGCGUACUGGGUAUUAAGUUUAACGAUAGCUUGCUCAACCGUGUUGUGGAUUUUUUGAUAAAGUGCCGAGAUCAAAACGGUGGAUUUGCCGGUGGGCCUGGGCAGGAUCCACAUCUCGCUCCAACGUAUGCUGCAGUUAACGCACUUUGUAUCAUAGGUACAGAUAAAGCACUGAAUGCCAUUAAUAGACAGACCCUGAAAAUGUUUCUUGGAGCGGUGCGAGAGCCAAAUGGUGCGUUUCGGAUGCACGUUGGAGGCGAAUUGGAUGUUCGUGGAGCAUACUGUGCAAUAGCAUCGGCAAAACUUGCAGCACUUUCGGCAGAGGACGAGGCAAUGCUGUUUGAAGGAACGGCUAAUUGGAUUACGCAAUGCCAAACUUACGAAGGUGGUUUCGGAGGAACACCCGAUUUAGAAGCACAUGGAGGAUAUUCCUUUUGUGCUGCUGCUGCUCUUGUUAUCUUAGGCGGCGAGGAAAAAUGUGAUCUAAAUUCUCUGCUUCGCUGGGCUGUUAAUCGACAAAUGGCAUUCGAAGGGGGAUUCCAGGGACGAACCAAUAAGUUGGUUGAUGGAUGUUACUCAUUUUGGCAAGGAGCACUGAUCCCGGUAAUUCAGAGUCUGAUAGCUCGCAAGGAAGGUCGACCCGAAGUUAUGAAUACCGUGUUGUUUCAUCGAAUUGCUCUGCAGGAGUAUGUAUUCAUCUGUUGUCAGAAACCUACCGGUGGCCUAAUCGACAAACCUGGAAAACCAGCAGAUCUAUACCAUACGUGCUACACUUUAAGUGGCCUAGCAGUAGCACAACAUUGUGAAACUGCUUUGCCUCCUAUGGUAUUUGGUCAUUCGGAGAAUGAAUUAUUGCCUACGCAUCCUGUCCAUAACGUCCCGCCCAAAGCUGUAAUAGAUGCUUAUAAAUAUUUUCUGAAACAUGAAUUAUUGGAAACCGAGAAGCAAUCGAACGGCCAUUGCAAUGAGUUCGAAGACAUUGAGAUGAGGGAAAAUGUGGAAAUUCAUGACGUGGAAUCGAUGUCGGAUAGCACCAUUGGAGCGGUGUUGAAUGAAGAUAAAGAGUCCGAGCAGCACGAAGGCACGACAACUGAAUCUUCCAGUGUUUGCAGCAGCAGCAGGACUUCAGAGGAACGAUCUGAGUCAUAGAUGAUGAACCUUGUUUUAGUCUUUAAUAGAGUACAUAUUUUGCAUCAUCAGCAAAUCGGAUUUUUUACAGCGAAGAAAACAUCUUAGGUUCUGCUUUAAAAUAACAGAGCCUACAAAAAAUAUUGGGAAAAGUACUACCACAUCAGUAAUGGUGGAUUGAAAACAAACUAGUUCGCCGACUAAAUUUAUUUUAACCGCCAUUGCUAGCAUUAAAGCAUUUGCUGUUUAUACGUUUUGU